AGCCUAAAUACUUUCUUUUUCACUUUCCUUUUCAUAUGAUCUCUUUUUCUAUGGCAUCAAAACAACUUCAUUAAACAAACCAGGAAGGUUUCUCAUACUUGCCCCUGGCAUUCAAUGAGUCACAUCUUUUUCAUAACAUUUGGAUGAAAGAGUUACCUUUGUAAACAACAUCUUUCCAAAAGUCACCUUACAAAAAUAUCCCAACAAAAGCCAUUCCACACCAAUAACCAAUACUAAAAAAAGGAAUACACAAAAUGCCUGAGUAAACAAGGAAAAAGGAGAAAUGGAAAAGGGUAAGACUAAAAGUUCCCACUUCCUUACUCCAAACACCAUUCCGAGUGAGAGGGAGAGAAAGCUAGCUACCAAAAGAAGGGCUUCAUAAUGUUUUACAAGUUUUUAAUUCUGUUUUAUGUUUUAAGCUGUGUUUAUGCUGAAGAUGAUUUUCCUGAUACUGCUCAACUGAGCUACAAUCAAACUGGGAACAAUGUAACAGGCACAGUGACCAACCUACCACAGGCCAAAGACUGGGAAAUCACCAUUGACUGUCAGAAUGUCAUAUGCAAAACUUUCCAGAUAAAUAAUGCACUAAGCACAAACCUCAGUCUUCAUUUUGAUGGUAAAGAUACAGUUGUUAUCAAUGGUACAGAGUCAACAGAUUUUGGUUUCCAUGUUACCUCUAAUGGCAGCAACAACCCUAUACUUCGUAUAACUAACCAGCGACAAGAAGAUGACUAUCUUAGCUUUGGUUGCUUAAAUGACGAACUAAAGUUGAAAUGUCCAGCAGAACAAGUAAUUCAGAUUGAAAAGGCUCUUUAUGGAAGACGUACCAAAGACAAACAUAAGUACAACUGUGCCCCAAAAGAUCAAUGUUAUGAAAAUAAACCUGAUGCAAUCAAGGCAGCCUGCAUAUACAGGAACAGCUGUAAUCAGAUUAAAGUUACAGAGAUAAAUAUAACCUGUAACGAUACAAGUAAGGCAAACACAAACCUCCUCAUUGCUUACAGUUGCUACAAUGAUACAAUUUUUUCAACGACAACAACAAAACAGUCAACAGGAAACUCAAAUCAAGCCACUGACUCAAACAAUACAGUUACAUACAGUUCCAACAUGGCCACUAAUACAGAAAGAUCAAGCCAAGUCCCUGGUACACUGGUUACAGUUACAGACAAUUCCACCACAUCCAUAGGUAUGGAAAUAUCAAGUCAAACAAAAAUGGCAACCAUUUCAACAACUGAAGUCACAUUUACUGCUGGAUCAGGCUCUACCACAGUAACUGAACUUAAAGUGACCACAGAUGAACAAUCAAUUUCAAGCACUGGCUAUUCUGAUGUUAGUUCUGGUCAAGAAGUCACAACCAAUAUGUCACCAGCGAGGAGUUCAGUUUCCAUUUCAUGGCUUGGCACAACAUUACCAACUAUACAUGAUGAUAGAACAGGAACUGAAAACUUUGGUAUGAUCCUAGGCCUCAGUAUUGGAGGUGGUCUACUGUUCCUACUUCUCACCAGUGUUGUGGCUUGUUUCUGCUGGAAAAACAGGUUAUCGCAAAGGAAAGACACCGCUGGCAACAGGUUUGAACCUCUCUCCAGUUCACUGCCUGGUGAAAUCGAGGUUUUUCCUUCCAGAGGAGAAGCAGUAUUUAUCAAUAAAUAUGAGGAAAUAGAAAUUGUUCGCAAAGAUCAGAACAAAACACCAGCAGUGCACUUGUACUCUUUUAUGAACCCACAGUUCAGCUUUGUUCCACUGAAAUCAGACAAAGUGCCAAAUGGGGAAGAAAAUGCUAGAGAGGGUGGUUCUCCAUUGUAUUCUCAGCCUGAUAAAAGAAACAAGGUAGCUGAUGAAUCCCCUGAAGCAAAGGAACUGCAAGAGGAGGAGGGGCAUCAUCACCUGUCAACAGGAGACACCCAAGUUCAAGAUGAGAUCACUAUGGUUGACAAUGACCUUUACAGUAAAGGGGAAUAACUCUGUAUCAUCACAAAAAUUAGUGACAUAUUCUAACAAGUUCAGAGAGUCAUUUUAUAUUCAUAUCAUCUUCUAAGUAUCUUUGAAAUAUUUUAGCUAGGCAAAAAGUGCCAUUCAACAUACAAAUUGAUCAAUUUGCACAUCAAGUCUAUCAUAAAAUGUUAUAUCAGAUAGUUAAAAACACUUCAUUUUGUAGUUUUUAUAAAAACCAACAAUUCCUUACACACAAAACACACACACAUGCACAUACA